GCGGAGCCCGGCGGAGCGCAGCAUGCGGGCUGGCCGGCUGCUUCUCCUCCUGCUGGCCGCGCUGUGCCCGCGGGCCGCGGCCCAGGAGCAGCGGGCCGCCCCCGGCAGGAUCGCCGUGGUCGGCGGCGGCAUCGGCGGCGCCGCGGCGGCCUAUUUCCUGCGGCGGCAGUUCGGGCGCGCCGUGCGCAUCGACCUCUUCGAGCGAGCGGCCGUGGGCGGCCGCCUGGCCACGGUGCGCGUGGAGGGCCGCGACUACGAGGCGGGCGGCUCCGUCAUCCACCCGCUCAACCUGCACAUGAAGCACUUCGUCAAGGAGCUCGGCCUCCCCGUCGCUGCAGGCCACGGCGGCCUCGCAGCCAUUUAUAACGGGGAAGAGUUCGUGUUCGAGGAGAGUAGCUGGUACAUAAUCAACGUUCUCAAACUUCUCUGGCGGUACGGACUCAAUCCUCUGCGCAUGUACAUGUGGGUUGAGGACAUCCUGGACAAGUUCAUGCGAAUCUAUCGCUACCAGACGUACGACUACACCUUCAGCAGUAACGAGCGUUUACUUCGUGCCCUUGGAGGGAACGACUUCGCCCAACUGCUGAAUCAAACCAUUGAUGAAUCUAUGCAGAAAGCUGGCUUCUCUCAUAAGUUCAUAAAUGAGGUGGUUUCUCCAGCUGUGAGAGUCAAUUAUGGGCAAGGUAUCAACAUAAAUGGUUUUGUAGGUGCUGUUUCUCUGGCAGGGACAGAAUCUGGCCUUUGGGCAGUCAAGGGAGGAAAUAAACUUGUCUGCAGUGGCCUUAUUUAUGCUGCCAAGGCACAGCUUAUCACUGGCACAGUUCUGUCUAUAGAGCCAAAAACAAGACCAAACCCUGCAGGGGGCACAGUUAAGCUCUACUAUGUCACUUACAACUCUACGCUGGGAUCAUCGUCGGAUACAUACGACAUCAUUGUCAUUGCAGCGCCACUGAACCCCAAGAUGUCCAACAUCACUUUCAGGAACUUUAACCCUCCUAUUGCAGAGUUCUCAAAUACUUACCAUCAGACUGUAGUGACAUUUGUGCAUGGGCGCUUAAAUACUUCCUUCUUUGGCUACCAGGACCCAUCUGCCUUUCACUUUGGUGCCAUCCUCACUACAGAGAAUCCCAAACUGUUCAUCAGUAGCAUGGGGAUUGUGUCUCCUGCUGAAGACAUAACCAGUGAAGAAAAGCCACCCUUGCGAUCAGCUGUCUGGAAGGUGUUUUCAAGUGAACCACUCACCAAAGAGCAGCUAAAUUUACUUUUCUCUUCCUAUGACUCAGUGAAAAUGAAGAAGUGGUUGGCGUACCCCCAUUACAGCCCCCCUAAAAAAUGCCCACCUGUGAUCCUCCAUGACAGAAUAUACUAUCUCAAUGGCAUUGAGUGGGCUGCAAGUGCCAUGGAGAUGAGUGCUAUAGCAGCCAAAAAUGCAGCACUACUUGCUUACCACCAGUGGUAUGGGAACACAGACAAGAUUGACCAGGAAGACUUGCAUGAGAAACUGAAAACGGAGCUUUGAGCUCCUUGGAGUCAAGUGCCACUGGCUCGCUAGAGCAUCCAGGCUGCUCUGCUGUGUACCACAACAACAUCCAGAAAUACAGAUGUACUGUAGCAGUCUAGUCACAACUAAAACUGAAGAAUGAGGAAUUCAUCCAAGGAUGAAGAAACACCCAACCAACUUAAGAUAGACAGGCACCAGUUGACUAGAUCAGUAGUGAAAAGGAGGAGAAGCUUUCUCAAAAGAGCUGGCCCAGCUUCAUGGAAAUUCUUCCAUCUAUCCCUACGUAAGAUGGAGGGGGAAAAAAACAAAAUUAAGCAUCACUACUGACCCAAGUGCCCUUCACAAUAUGACUGCAAAACUCAGGACCUGUGUUGCUGUGAUGAACUGUGUGCUGCUCUUCUAGACCCACGCAUGCAGAGUUUCCUUCUCUAGGCCUGUUUCAGUCCGGGGAAAGCAUUGUCUUUACACUAAACUUCUAUGCCUCAACUGUUCUAAGAGUGUAUCAAUAACUUUCUUGGGAUGGAAUCAAUGUAGUGCAAAUUAUCAGUGUGUUCUUAGCCUGCUUCCGGAACAAGUAAUGUAACUUAGGGGUAGUGGCUGGCUUGUUUCUGUUCAAGGAAGUGUGCAGGUUGCCUAAACAGGUGGUAAGUAAGCAAAAGCACAGGAUGUUUUUCACAUUUCUCAAGUCUUUGAAAUGUGUCUUGUUAGAUAAUCUGAAAAUACAAGAGGGCAAAGCUAGAUUUUAGAUCAACUUGAAUACUGUACAUCCAUUGACUGUAUCCAGUACUGCUGUAGUUUCUCAGCUUUAUCUGAAGACACAACAAACACUAGUUUUCUAGAAAUAAAACUAAUGCACUCUUCUGGAAGUAACCGAAA